AUGUCUCAGCUCCUCAUCAACACUCGCCUUGGCGCGCAAAUUGACUGCACAAAGGUGGAGCUCGCCGAGUAUGCAGAUGUCUACAACUUCUGCAGAAGCAUGAUACCGAUUGUGGACGGAGGCAAACAGCUGUCUUCCUUGCAAGUUCUCAGCCUUUCCGACAAAGCGUGUGGACGCUUGGAUCGCGAAACUCUGUAUCUACUCUGCCAGUUGCUCUUUAACGCUUCUGCCCUGCGGGUGCUUAGGCUCGGUAAGAGCCAAAAGCUGCUUACCGAAGAGCCAUUGCUCGGUCGCGUCAUCGAGGAGCUUAGAGAGCUCAUGACGCUCGAAUUUUACGAAGGGGGCACCAAGACAAUCGAAGUGCUCGGCAACUUAAAAAGUUACCCCGUCCACCUUGUCCAUCGCACCAACGGCAGAUUUCCUCGGGACGCUUAUGAUUACACGCCGUUCGCCCACAGCAAAGUCUUCGAAAGGCUCGAGAGUCUUAACCUUGACUGUUUUGCGUACAACAGGCGCACUGCUAUAGAUCCAGGCCAAUUGACGUUCAAUAAGUCGCUGAAGUCUCUGACACUCGUCGCGAGCCAUGCCCCUCUCCACCCCUUUGUCAAAGCAUUCCCUUAUCUCCAGGAUCUCACUCUGGAAGAGAUCUCAUGCUGGCAUCGCUGCCCCUCCAGCCAAUCACCAGAUUGUUGGGAGACUAUCCCCAAGCUCACUGUAGACGUCAUGAGCCUCCGGGUGUGGAAUAUUGCCUCUCAAGUCUACCACUUGAUAGUGACACGUCGCCCACUGGUCAAAUACGACGGGAACCCAGAGGCAGACCUAUUCACGCCGGUCUUAAAUGCCGUGGAAGACAUGAAACCCACAAAAUUCACGUUCUCCACGACCCUCGAUGUCCGCGAUCAGUUGUGGGGGCGCAUGGCGACACGGAUGUCUAGUGUGAUGUACCUAGAGGUACGCGUCGAGGAUCUCCUUGUUGAAUCUAGUGGCAGCAUUACAGACUGGAUGGUGAGGAUGCUGAAGAUCAGCAUACAGGCAUGGGCCACAUUAGACGACGCAUCGGCCGAUCACGAGGCUUUUACGCCACUUCGUCACAUGUAUGUCGAGUUUCCGACAUCACUUUCCCGCAUGGUCCAGAAUAACUACACAUUGCGUUAUCUGAUUUUGGAGGUCUCUGAAGGCGCUUCUCUCACUCAUGGGAUGAGUAGGAUUGCGUUUGCGCGAAAGUGGCAAGUCAUCCAGGACCCGUGGGGCUACCGUGCCCCGGGCCUUGAGGAGAAGAAUACUGACGAAGCCGCCCUAGCAUUGGAAGCCUGCGGUGGCUCGAUGGCUAAUUCUUUGUCUUACUGA